GACCCGGGGAGGACGAAGGGAGGAGAGGAGGGGAGUAAAAAGGAAUCCGCUUUUCCUUUGCCUUCCUACCCACCACCAUUUGCACAGCACACCCUCUUCAUUUCGCCUCCCGUCCCCUCAAUAAACCCUCCUCCCCCUUCCCUCCCCUUGCCCUCCGCUCACACAAUCCCCUCCCUCCUCCCCAAGAAACCCCAAGCAACCACCCCUCGUCGCCGCCGAUCACUGCCGGACGGGAGCUCCCUCCACCGCUUCCCGGCGAUUCCUCGCUUAAUGCAAUGGUCAAGAAGAAAUCUUCAUGGAGCCAGGUUGUGAGUGGCAGGCCAACAAACCUCUUUGUUCCUGCAAGAAAUCUUCCACUGCAGGAUCUUGGAGCUGUAAUUUUCGGCUGCACAAACAAUACUAUUGCUGAGUGCCACUCACGCCAACUUUUUGGCUUGCCUAAAGCACAUCUCUCAUAUGUACACAACAUCAAGGAAGGGCUACCUCUAUUCCUGUUCAAUUAUGAUGAUCGCAGAUUGCAUGGUGUUUAUGAAGCUGCAAGCAAUGGCAAAUUCUGUCCCGAAUCAAAUGCAUGGACAAAUAAUGGCUACGAAAAGACAAGCUAUCCUGCUCAGGUUGCAAUGCGGAUAAGAAUGUGGUGUGUUCCACUAGAAGAGAGUAAAUUCAGGAAUGCUAUUAUAGGCAAUUAUUACCAGAAGACGCCCACUGUCUAUGGCCAGAAGCCUCACUUCUUCAGAUUUGAAUUGGAUCAUGCACAAACACGUGCUUUGAUGGCUAUGUUUACUCCUUCGCCUUCCCCCAUCAAGUUCUGGACGCCUCCUGUUUCACAACCAGGAGCUCAGCAUGUGAGCGAACCAACACCACCUCCUGUGUGGGUACAAAAAUUUGAGGGUAACAAUGAGCUCAAAGCAGAAAAGGUUUUAGUGUCAUAUGCAGAUGCGGUAAAACAAAGCAAGUUUGAGGUUGAGGGAGUUGGACUAAGAGAUGUGGAUGAUGGGUGGAACAAUGAGUGGAACAAUGAGCGAAACAACGAGCUCAAACCAGAAAAGGUUUUACCAGAAAAGGGUUUAGUGUCAUAUGCAGACAUGGUAAAGCAGAACAAGUUUGAGGUUGAGGGAGUUGGAAUGGCAGAUGUGGACAAUGGGCAUGCCAGCUCAAGCAAAGAAUCUUCCAAUGGUUUCGAUGAUCUCGAUUGCAAAGAGACACCACCAGAGUGGGAGGAUCAUGCACUGUUCAGUAAGGGAGUUGAAGUGCAACAGCAGCAACAAUCUGCCCAGCAGGAAAAUGAGCUUAGCUUCACAUUGGUAUUAGAGAAGCUUAAGGCUCUAUCAGUCCAGCAACUUAGUUCUGAAUUUUAUGCCAAUGGAGCUGGAACUGAAGGCAUUGAUGCAUAUGGAUGUAAGGACAUGCAAGAAGUUAAAGGUAUAUUUCUUGAGGGGCACUGUGGUUUGCCGGAGAACUUAGAUACCGAAGUCGAUCAGCUUGCCUGGGAGCAUUCCAGUUUGCUACUUCAAGGAUUGGACUAUGAAUCCUAUUCAGAAGCUAAGUUGAUAGAUAUGGUCAAAGGACUGUCCGAACGUAUAGAGACUAUGGAGAAGAAGCAGAUUAUUUCCAACAAAGAAGUCAAAUGCCUACAAGGAGUGAAUGACAGGUUGCUGAAAAGAGUUGUUGAGCUAAAGAACACAGUGAAGAAUUUGAAUUCCAAAAUAGAUCCUUUAUCUCUAGAUGAUUCACUAAAUCAGUUUGUUGAAGAAUGUUUGGGUUCAGAAGAUGUCAUUUAUCUCAUUGGUGGUUCCGAUGGCAUCUCAUUUUUGUCAUCAUUAGACUCCUUCUCACCCUCCUUGGACAUACUAACACCUCUGAAACCAAUGACUGCUGGGAAGUCCUAUACCUCUGCUGUCGCGUUAGAUGGCAAAAUAUUUGUUCUUGGUGGUGGUGAUGGUGCUUGCUGGUUUGAUACAGUUGACUGUUAUGACCGAAGACGUGAUGAUUGGACCCCAUGCCCAGCACUGACUCAUGGAAAGGGGAGCCUCGCUGGAGUUGGUUUGCAUGGCAAAAUUUAUGCAUUUGGCGGUGGAGAUGGCAUUGGCUGUUUCUCUGACAUGGAGGUGUUUGAUCCUGCUCAGGGAAAGUGGACAAAGAGUUACCCUAUGCUAGAAAAGAUCAGGAAAAUUACUAGUUAUGAACGAGAGUACUACACCGUAAAGAGAAAAAACUGUGGGGUUUACAGAAAAACUAGUUAUGAACGACGCUUUUCUCUAGCUGGUGCAGAACUUAAUGGUGUGAUUUAUGCAGUUGGCGGUUUCAAUGGCGUUCAGUAUCUGAGCUCUGCUGAGAGGCUUGAUCCUAGGGAGCCUAACUGGAAAAUGCUCCCAGCAAUGAGUACAGUAAGAGGUUGUCAUACAGUGGCAGUGCUUGAUGAGAAGAUAUAUGUAAUGGGUGGUUAUGAUGCUGAUGCUGGAGCAAUGGCAUCCACCGUUGAGUUGUACGAGCCAAGAAUGCCGUCAUGGGUGAUGGUGGAACCAAUGAACUACACCAGAGGGUACCACUCUUCAGCUGUGCUCGGUGGUUCGAUAUUCACUCUGGGUGGGGUCAAAGGUGAAGCAGAUACAAUCUUGGAUGUGGUGGAGCGCUACAAGGAAGGCUGUGGUUGGGUGAAUACAGGGAUGAAGUCAAUCGGCAGCAGAUGCUACUGCUCUGCCAUUGUUCUCUGACCGACCGGCUUUCUCUGAUCUACGGACACUUCGAACCUAUACCUACUAGUAUCUAAGUAUCUAUCUAAGCUGCUGCUGCUGAUGAGUGAACUGCAAAGCAAACUGUUAAGACCCUGGAGGGUCCUCUCUUUGUCUUUGUCUGAAUUCAGAAGCCCUUGUCUCUUGAACCGAGAAAACCACUGUCCAGUUUCUCGUUUCUUGUUUUUUUGGAUCUUAAUUCACAAUGCAGCGAACAUCUGAUUCGAAACUGAACUGAAAUGCGAAAAGGGACACGAACUAUAUGGACGAACA